AUGCAGAAGGGACAAAAGUUUGACGUCAAAGCCUUGACGCUUAUGGAUAGUGGAUCCCCCAAAAAAUCCGACGAUGCCACACUUGUAAUAUCAAGCCUGGGAGAUUAUUUUCGUUUUAAAACAUUUCCAUUUUACCUUGAGAAUCUCUUUACGUGCAAUGUUGGCCUUCGGUCAUUUGACCAACGCAUUCUGCAGUUGUCAAAGUUGUCUGUCUUAAACUUGGCAAAUAAUCGGAUUGCAACGGUUCCUAAGGCUCUGGAGUGUUUGGCUUUGAAUAAUCUCUCUCUGAAGUCGAAUCGAUUGUCAUCAUGGCCAAGUGUGUCCAAGGAUUCUGCUCUUGCCGGCAGUCUUCGUCGUUUGGACCUUUCAGAAAACAUUCUCACUCGACUUCCAGAGGACUUCUGGAACCUUAGCAAUUUGGAGAAUCUUGCUAUAACAGACAAUCACCUGAGAGCUCUUCCACCAGCCAACAUGCACAGGGCAAAGAAUCUUGUAAACAUUGAGCUAAAAAAUAAUAGGCUGCGUUGCCUACCCCACGCUGCUGCCCAGUUAUGGGAGGAUACGCUCUCAAGUCUGUUAUUUGGUAAAAUCUUGUACAAUUUCAGACUUCCUUCGCUGGAGUCACAGCUGCCUCGAAACGUGGAGUAUCAGUUACAGGUGUUGCGUCGGUGCCAUGUGUGUGAUUGCGCUUGCGGUGUUGAGGAAGAGGCUUACGCAUGGAGCUUUGCGCCGCUUUUUUUCAAACGAACAUAUUACGUCCGAGGCAUCGCUGAGCACGUACCUGUCUGCCUUCAUUACUGCUGUUCAUCAAAAUGUGUCAACAGAGUAAGGAAGCUCAGACGCCUCAUAUAA